AUGGGUUCAAUACAGGACGAAGCACGCGUGAACCGCGUGGUGGGCUCGCUGCAAGAUAAAGUGAUUGCCAUCUCUGGUGCCGCUUCGGGAAUGGGAGCUUGCAUCGCCCAAUUGGUUGCGAGUCGAGGCGCCAUCGUGUCACUCUCGGACGUGAAUGAAUACGGCCUCCAAAACACGCUCAAGUCGCUACCCGGCAAGAAUCACAUCUACACCUUGGUCGAUGUGCGCGAUGCGGGUGCGAUCGAAGACUGGAUUCAACGCACCGUCAAAGAGUUGGGGCGGCUGGACGGUGCAGCCAAUUUUGCCGGAGUUCUGUCUUGGGAACGUCGGAAUAAGAUCCAGGAUGAGACGGAGGCCAAUUGGGACUUCCACAUGAAUGUCAAUGCGAAAGGCGUCUUUCUGUCUGUGGGCGCCGAGGUCCGACACAUGACGGCGGGGGGAAGCAUUGUGAAUGCCGCCAGCGCCGCAGGCCUCAUUGGCUUCCCCACCAUGGGACCAUACGUGGCCAGUAAACAUGCGGUCAUUGGUAUCACAAGAUGCGCCGCAAAGGAAAACCCGCAUCUUAGAUUCAACUGUGUGGCUCCAGGUAUGGCUUCAUAUUCACACUGGGGUCAGUCCGGUACUGUUCCGCUGACAAACUGCUUGGCAGGAGCAAUCGAGACGGCCAUGAUGCCCGCCGAUGAGGACAUCAGAGCUGCCGAGAUAAGUGGACAAAUAAUCAAGAGGAUUGCAGACCCCAUGGAGGUUGCCAAUAUUGUGGCAUUUUUGCUCAGUGACGAAGCUUCAUUCGUCACCGGCGCUGUCUACACCGCGGAUGGAGGCUGGACAGCAUAA